AUGGCAGCAGCCAAGGUCGAAAUCCCAUUUCUUGAUUUCUCUGCAAAAGCUUUGACAGGCUUAGAGGUUAAGAGUGAAAAGUGGAAAGAAUUGUGCAAUCAAGUUAGAGAGGCAUGUGAGACUCAUGGAGUCUUCUUUUUGGUUUAUGACAAGAUCCCUACCAGCCUACGUGAAGAAAUGUUUGGCGCCAUGAAGGCACUGUUUGAUCUUCCUGAGGAGACUAAGAACAAGCAUGUUACUACUAAGCCAUAUGGAAGUUACUCAGGUAAGUGUCCUGUAAUUCCUUUCCAUGAAAGCUUUGGUGUUGAUGAUGCUCCAACUCUCGACGCUUCUCAAGCUUUUACCACCCUUAUGUGGCCAGAAGGGAACCCAAGUUUCUGUGAGACCAUCCAUAGCAUGAGCUCGAAGAUGCAAGAGCUGAGUUUUCUGGUGACGAAAAUGAUUUAUGAAAGUUUUGGCAUAGAAAAGCCGUACGACUCUUUCGUGGAGGAAACCGCUAGUGUCUUUCGGGUGAUGAAGUAUAAAGUCCCUCCGAGCGGUACUGAAUCAGGCAUUGGUCUAGUGGCUCACACUGACAAAAACGCCAUCACCAUUUUAUGCCAAAAUGAAGUUCAAGGUCUCGAGGUUCGGACCAAGAACGGAGACUGGGCUCAGGUCAUGGUUCCUGAAAAUGCUUUCGUAGCUGUUGUUGGGGAUACACUCAAGGCAUGGAGCAAUGGGAGACUUCAUGCAGUGAGGCAUAGGGUGGUGAUCAGCGGGGAUAAAGACAGGUAUUCCUGUGGGCUAUUUUCAAUGCCGAAGGAGGAAGCAGUAAUUGAGGUGCCAAAUGAACUUGUGGACAAAGAGCAUCCUCUUCAGUACAGGCCAUUUAAUUAUUCAGAUUAUAUCACCUACUUUGUUUCCAAAUUAAGCGAUGAUGCGUUGGAGAUAUAUGCUGGCAUUUGA